AUGAAGAUAUCACAUAUAAUUUAUCAGGCUGCCAUCAUUCUAGCGCUAGUCAGCGCUGCAGCGAUCACGAUGCUCUAUGCAUUUGCGAAUCAUGUUUUUCGUACUAUUAGCGAUCAAGGUACUCUUUAUAAGUUUGGCUCAGGUUUUUAUUUCGACUUAGGCCCGGCCAUCCAACGAGCAGCCCUGGCUGCUGCGAAAAAGGGAAAAGAAUCGGUUGCGUCUCCAAAAAUAACAUCGAAGUCCAAGCGAGUUGUGGUCGAAGAGGUGGCUCCAGAAAGCGAAGAGAAUCACUCAUCAGAAGAGGCAGAGUCUCCGCCACCCCGCGCCGCUAAGUCAAAGGCUUCGACGAAGAAAGCUUCAACAGCGGCUACCAAAUCUCGUGCUCGCAAGAAUAAAUAA